GACGCGAUGCGCCGCGAGCUGGCGGUCAAGGACGCGACCAUCCGCGAGCUCCGCGGCCAGCUCGCGGAGCACGCGGACACGGCGGCGAAGCUCGUGGAGAAGGAGAGGGAGUGCCUCCGCCUCUUCACGAAGCUCGAGGCGGAGCAGAAGUGGAUCGAGGGCUACAAG